AGACGCGUCGCCCGUCGAUAACGCAAAACUCCACCGCUUGACUCGAAACGAACAGCAUACCAAAAAAUACACAACAAACAACGGGAAACAAGGCAACAGGCACCGGGCACUCUCCACAUUUCUGCCAUUGCCAUGAAAUGAGGGCACCAUGGGCGCCAAGGAGUCACGGAUAGGCUUCCUUUCGUAUGACGAGGCCGUUAAAAGAGUCACGGAUGUGGAGCUCAAACGUCUGCGAGAUGCCUUCAAGAGGACCUGUGGCUUGUCUGUUUAUAUGACCCAGCAAUGCUUCUACAGGGAAGUAUUGGGCGACGGAGUUCCACCGAAGGUUGCAGAGGUGAUCUACAACUCCUUCGGUGGCACAUCUAAAGGGCUGCACUUCAACUACCUGAUCGUUGGGCUGGUUCUAUUAACAAGAGGACGGGAUGAAGAGAAAGCCAAAUAUAUCUUCAGCUUGUUUGCCAGUGAUUCGGGCACCUACGUGGUCCGGGAGGAUGUGGAGAACAUGCUCCGUUCAGUGGACGGGGAAGUCCCUCCCUCUCUUAAAAAGUGCUUCACUGAGGGAGAGAAGGUGAAUUAUGAGAAGUUUAAAAUCUGGCUGCUGCUGAAUAAAGAGGCUUUCACAUUCUCCCGCUGGCUGCUGUCAGGUGGCGUGUGUGUCACCUUGACUGACGACAGUGACACACCCACUUUCUACCAAACCCUGGCAGGUGUUACUCACUUAGAAGAAUCGGACAUCAUUGACUUGGAAAAACGCUACUGGCUGUUGAAAGCCCAGUCAAGGACGGGACGCUUUGAUUUAGAAACCUUUGUCCCAUUGGUCUCACCCCCUAUUCAUGCAUCACUAAGUGAAGGCUUGUUUCAUGCCUUUGAUGAGAAUCGGGACAAUCACAUAGACUUUAAGGAGAUAUCGUGUGGACUCUCAGCGUGUUGUCGGGGCCCUGUGGCUGAGAGGCAAAAGUUUUGUUUUAAAGUGUUUGACAUAGAUCGAGAUGGAGUUUUGUCAAGGGAAGAAAUUCACGAAAUGAUGGUGGCCUUGCUGGAGGUGUGGAAGGAUAAUCGUACAGACACUCUUCCCGAGAUCAGCUCCAGCGUGUCAGACAUUGUAGAGGACAUACUGAAAAUGCACGAUACAACAAAACUAGGGCACUUAACCCUGGAAGACUAUCAGAUCUGGAGCGUGAAAAGUUCUCUUGCCAAUGAGUUUCUUAACCUACUGUUUCAGGUGUGUCAUAUCGUCCUGGGCCUGCGUCCAGCUACCCCUGAAGAGGAAGGCCAGAUCAUUAGGGGUUGGCUGGAGAGAGAAAGCAGACAUGGACUGCAGCCAGGACAGAACUGGUUCCUGAUCUCCACGCAGUGGUGGCAGCAGUGGAAGGACUACGUCAGAUAUGAUAACAAGUCCAUUGUCGUUGAGCAGCCAUCAGUGCAGGUGGGCGGCAUGAGAAAUUCACAGUCCGCACCUCCUCUGGAUGCUCUCCAGAACAGAGCUGGAAUAGUGAUCCGUUCCCCCAGUUCCCAUGAAGAGAAAUUCCCUGACAAUAUCUCCAGCUCAUCAGAGGCAUCCGAGAGCACUGGUCAUAGCCUCACCCCACACAUCAGUUCUUCUGCCACAGACGUCUGCUUUGCUCGGCACCACAAUGUUUCAGACAACAACAACCAGUGCUUUUCCAGCGCCAAUGGCCAUUUGCCCAACUGCACUGCUGCACAGCGACCCGGUGCCAUAGACAACCAGCCUCUGGUGACCACUGAGCCCAUGAAGGCCCCCACAUUGACUGUGGAGGGAGGUCGCCUCAAGAAAUCCCUGCAGCUGAUGGCUGGCCGGGACUUUGAGACCGUGCCAGAGCCGGUUUGGAGAGCACUUUACCACUGGUUUGGGGCCAAUCUCAGCCUUCCCCGUCCGGUCAUCACGUCAACACUCACGCAUCACCCAGAGCUGGAGCUUUUCCCGCGGUACCUCCUCUUCCUCCGACAGCAGCCGGCCACACGUACCCCUCAGUCCAACAUCUGGGUCAAUAUGGGUAUGACCAGUCUGAGAAUGCUCCCUCCACACAUGCCGCGAGGAAACGUUCCAUCUCCAAACGCCCCGCUGAAGAGAGUGCUGGCAUACACGGGCUGUUUCAGCCGGAUGGGCACCAUUAAAGACAUUCACGAGUACCUGUCCCAGAGGUUACGCAUCAAAGAAGAGGACAUGCGCCUUUGGCUGUACAACAGUGAGAAUUACCUAACGCUCCUGGACGAUGAAGAUCACACUUUAGAAGGUUUAAAAAUUCAAGACGAACAGCACUUAGUCAUUGAGGUUCGAAACAAAGACAUGAGCUGGCCGGAGGAAAUGUCUUUUAUUGCAAACAGCAGCAAAAUCGACCGACACAAAGUCCCUACCGAGAAAGGCGCCACAGGUUUGAGUAAUCUGGGUAACACAUGCUUCAUGAACUCCAGUAUUCAGUGUGUUAGCAAUACUAAGCCCCUCACUGAAUACUUCAUCUCAGGACGCCACCUCUACGAGCUUAACAGAACCAAUCCGAUAGGAAUGCGAGGUCAUAUGGCCAAAUGCUAUGGCGAUUUAGUACAAGAACUCUGGAGCGGAACCCAGAAAAACGUUGCACCCCUGAAACUAAGGUGGACGAUAGCAAAGUACGCUCCAAGAUUCAACGGCUUUCAGCAACAAGAUUCCCAGGAGCUCCUCGCCUUCCUGUUGGACGGGCUUCACGAAGACUUGAACCGUGUGCACGAGAAGCCUUACGUGGAACUGAAAGACAGUGAUGGACGACCCGACCAUGAAGUUGCCACAGAGGCCUGGGAGAACCAUUUGCGCAGAAACCGGUCUAUCGUAGUCGACCUUUUCCAUGGCCAGCUCAGGUCCCAGGUGAAGUGUAAGACCUGUGGUCACGUCAGCGCCCGCUUCGACCCCUUUAACUUCCUCUCUCUGCCACUGCCUAUGGACAGCUCCAUGCACUUAGAAAUCACAGUUAUUAAGCUGGACGGCUCCACUCCGGUUCGGUACGGGCUCCGUCUCAACAUGGAUGAGAAGUACAUGGGCCUGAAGAAACAGCUGAGCGAGCUGUGCUCCCUGAAACCUGAGCAGAUCCUGCUGGCUGAAGUCCACACCUCUAACAUCAAGAAUUUUCCUCAGGACAACCAGAAAGUGCGACACUCUGUGAACUGCUUCUUAUGUGCGUUUGAGAUCCCUGUACCUGGCUCACCCACCUCAGUCACUUCUCCAGUGCAAACAGUUACUGUAGAAUCUCCACUUAUGGCCAAUGGGACGGCAGGAAACAAUCACAUUGGAAAUUCGAGCCUGAUUCCCAACGGCAUGCCCAGCACUGUUGUUCCAUGCAGCCCGGAGAAGCCCCUCGCCAAUGGUAUCCCAAAUGGGCAUGCCGUGCCAGUGCCAGACAGCCCCUUUAUCGGGUACAUCAUCGCCAUGCACAGAAAAAUGAUGCGGACGGAACUGUACUUCCUGUCCUCUCAGAAGAACAGGCCCAGUCUGUUUGGCAUGCCGCUGAUUGUGCCGUGCACGGUUCACACCAGUAAAAAAGAUCUGUAUGAUGCCGUGUGGAUCCAGGUGUCCCGCCUCGCCAGCCCUCUGCCUCCACAGGAAGCCAGCAAUCAUGCUCAGGACUGUGAUGACAGCAUGGGCUAUCAGUACCCCUUUACUCUACGAGUGGUGCAGAAAGAUGGGAAUUCUUGUGCCUGGUGUCCGUGGUAUAGGUUCUGCAGAGGCUGCACGGUGGAGUGUAAUGACGACAGAGCAUCUUUAGGAAAUGCCUACAUCGCCGUGGACUGGGACCCCACCGCCCUGCACCUCCGUUACCAGACGUCUCAGGAAAGGAUAGUGGAAGAGCACCCUAGUGUUGAACAGAGUCGGAGGGCUCAGGCAGAACCCAUAAGUCUUGACAGCUGUCUGAAAGCAUUCACCAGUGAAGAAGAACUGGGAGAGGAUGAGCUCUAUUACUGCUCCAAGUGUAAAACUCAUCGCCUGGCCACCAAGAAGCUGGACCUCUGGAGGCUGCCCCCUGUUCUGAUUGUUCAUUUAAAACGCUUCCAGUUUGUCAAUGGUCGCUGGAUCAAAUCACAAAAGAUUGUGAAGUUUCCACGAGAGAGCUUUGACCCCAGUGUGUUCCUGGCCCCACGGGAGGUGUCUCACAGCAUGGGCAGCCUAAAAAGCCUACAGAGCCAAAGCGAGUGCCUGGUAGAGGAGUGUCAGAGACUGGAGAUAGGAGAAUCUUCUGUGUCCACCAUUUCUACCACUACUGUAGCCAGUCCUCCAUCAUCCGGCAGAGCCACACCGUCCUCCAUCAGAAGGGUGGGCAGCCCCUUGAGCAGAAACAGCAGUCCCAGUGGCAGCCCUAGAAACACAGGACGGAAACAGGGCCGCCUGCGUCUGCCCCAGCUGGGCAGCAGACAUCGACUCUCUAGCAGCAAAGAAAACCUUGACAGCAGCGUCAUGAGCAACAGCAAAGAGAGCGAGAUGGAGACUGAGCAGGGCGUCGCCACAGACGGGGAGAAUCAGGGGGCAGCAAUGUCGUCUGACGCAAACGUGCAGGAUUCCUGGUCACUGGAUGCCUCAAGCACUGAUUGCGAUGUCAUCAUGAUGAAUGGAUUGGGACAGGAGGGUAGUAACGGACACUCUGAGGUCAGCACUGAUCUGGACACCCCUCGCCAAAGAAAUGACAUCUGUCUGGAGCCCUUGUACAAUUUAUAUGCAAUCUCAUGUCAUUCAGGAAUAAUGGGAGGGGGACACUAUGUGACUUAUGCCAAAAACCCAAAUGAAAAAUGGUACUGUUACAAUGACAGCAGCUGCAAGGAAGUUCACUCGGACGAGAUCGAACCAGAUUCAGCUUACAUCCUGUUCUAUGAGCAGCAGGGAGUGGACUACUCGCAGUUCCUGCCGAAAACGGAUGGAAAGAAGAUGGCAGACACCACUAGCAUGGAUGAAGACUUUGAAUCGGACUACAAGAAGUACUGUGUGCUGCAGUGAUGUCGUGCUCCUCUACGCUCUCGAAAGAACACGAGUACGUUGGUUUGCCAGUGCAAUGAGGACUUAAACGCCAGUGCUGCCCCAGAGCACCAUCAUUUUGAAAGCACAACAUAUGAGUUAGUGGACUCCACGAAUUCGGCUUUCAGAAUAAAGGUACCUGACACUUUAGUUAAAUGGCUGAGGGGGUUUGUGAACAAGUGACUCAACAGAAGAACUGUAGCAGUAGAAAAAAGAUGUCAUUGUUGCCAAGCAAACAAAAAUUGUAAUACUGGACUGAACGUUAGCCAAACCCUUGAUAUCAACAUUAUCAGGCAGGCAAAACUGGAUUUUUCUUUACAUUGCAGUGCACAUGGGCAAAUCUAAAAAUGUUAAAACUUAAAAAAAUGCAAUUAUAUAACUGUCUCAGAAAAGAGUUCAAGUUUCUAUUGAUGCAUUUCAAAUUGCUCAUGAUGAGAACCUAAUAUUUUAAUUAGGGAACGGAUUAAAGAUUACAUUGAUCUAAAUUAUAGUUAUAUUAAAGAGCCCUAAAGGUUUCUCUAAAAGUUGGUUUUGUUUUGUUUUUUGUCUUGUCAUAGUUAGCUUCAGACUUUAUGUCCAGUAAUUUAUCCAGUAAUUUUAUACACUACCUCACAUCUUCGAAAUGUAUCAGCCAACUGUUAAUAGAUAGAAAAAUCAGCGUGUCAGUAUUAUACUGUUGGAGGGUAGAAAUUGAAAUCUUCAUAGAUAAGAUUCAGCUCCCAAACCAGGUCCUUAAUAUUUAAUUUUAAUAUUUUCUACCACCUAAAAAUUAAAUAUUCUCCCACUCCACUGCCAAAUUGCUACACGCAUAUGUACUGCAUAUGCUAUAUUUGAUGUUAUUUUGGUUUUUCUUUAAUCUGCUUCAUUCGUCUUUCAGAGUAUAAAUGUAAACCUUAAUAUUUUUGAGUUUUUAUUUUAUUUUUUAUACAAAGUUAUUUUAUCAUGAAGAUUUUUUUUAACGCUGUACUUCACUUUACUUGUGCGGGCUUUCCACCACAUUCAUUUACUUAUCUCAGCGGUCUGAUCAAAUCUCAGUGUCAACAACAGUGUAGUGUGCACACUUUGUUUUUGCAUUGCUUUCCUGUUACCACUGUAUUUCUUGCCUCAUAAAACUGAAGGCAGGGAAUAAAACAGUUACAUAAUAUAUGUCAACUUUUUCUCACACAGAGACAUCACACGUCCAAGCCAAAAUUUCAUACUUAGUCAUAUAAACAUGUCUAGGAUCCAUUUAAAUACAAUACAAUUUACUUUAUUGUCAUUGUACAAGAGUACCAGGAAGGAUGGGGUGUGUGGAACAGUGUUAUCUGAAAGUGUCUUUUCACAACAAAAAUGUAAUCACUUUUGCUUUCAGAGAACAGCAUUCUCACUAAACUGCUGAACGUUCUGUGUUGUAGACGGUUUCAGGUUAUUAGUAGCAUUUGUUUAGUGACUGUUGAGAAUAGAGCUAAACAUUUAUUACCACUGUGAAAAUAUGUAUGAAAUGCUCUUACGUUUCAGCAACUCAUCAACUGUAUGAGCUUCUCUUAUAAGGGGGAAUGAAACCCAUGGGAAUUGUGCCCAUAGCCGUUUUGCUGCUGUACUUUACUUUUUUCAUGUCACGGAUAUUCAAACUAAAUGUUUGCCAACAAAGAAAAGUUUUAUCCCUGUCAGAAAAAAUAAAUGUUUGUGAAAUCGACACAACUGUAUAGUUGUAGGACAAUGAUAAUAAUGAUAAUUGAUGCAGAUAUGUUCAAUAAACUGUUAACACUUUUAGAUAUUUAAUGUAAAAAAUGGAUAUUCAAUAUUGAAAUGUAUUAGAGUGUUUCUCUUUCUGAACGUUCACUCUUCUCCAUUUGAAAUCUGGCUUAAUUUGGAAUUAUAAAUGUUUCCUGGAAGCUGCAUUACGAUUACAGUAACUAAUAAUCUGAAACUAUAAACGUACAGCUGAAUUUUAAAUAUUCACCUUUUUUGAUACAGGGAUAAUUUAUUCAUUUUUCCAAGUAGUGCAAUCAACUACUGAUGUCUGUCUGUCUGUUGUUAGUCAUCAUUUUGUUAAAUUAAUUUUGAUGCUAGAGAUGUAUUAAUUUAAUGAACUUUAUUUUGUAAAGUGUUGUUUAAAGAAUAAAAAUGACAUUGCACUGACAAAUGUACAUAAAUGUUUUGUAAAUACGCCAAUGAAAAUGAUGUAUUUGAAAAAGAUCUGUACAAAUGUACUUGUAGUUGUAUAUGGAGUGAUAUUGUUGAUCUGUAACAAUUAUUCAAGAAAUGAAUUAAAUGCAGCUAAAAUGCA